AUGAAGACCACACUUCUCAGCCUUCUGGCGCUUGGCGCCUCGACCGUCUCGGCCUUCCCAUCCACCAUGAUCGGUCACAAGCACCAACACCUGCACGCUCCUGCGAAGCGCGCCGCCUCGUCUUGGUCUGAUGGCAACUCGCGCUCAUAUGGUAUCGCCUACGACCUGAUGGGCGACAGUGGAUGCCGCCCAGCUUCUCAAGUGCAAUCAGAAGUUGGCGAGCUUGUCGGUCAGGGAUACACCCAGAUCCGGACCUACGAUAUCGGCUGCGAUGUUGGUGUUCUUGCAAACGCAAUCUCUCAGCACCCUGGUGUCAAGCUCUUCGCCGGUCUGAACACCAUCGCCAACCUCCAAGGCGAUCUACAGAAGCUUAUCGGUUUCCUGCAGCCAUACUUCUGGCUCGUCGAGACCAUCAACAUCGGUAACGAGCUCGUCAACGCUGGGAUCAGUGAUGCUGGCUCUGUCGCCGCUGCUGUUGGUACCGCCCGCGGCAUCCUCCAGGCCGCUGGCUACACCGGCAAUGUCGUCACAGUCGACACCUUUGUCGCACAUCUCGCCAACCCUGGUCUUUGCGCUGCAUCCGACUACUGCGCCGCAAACAUCUACGCCUUCUUCGAUGGCAACGUCGGCUCUGGCGACGCUGGUGGUUUCGUUCAGCGCAUGAAGUCAGCCGUCGCUGGAAUCGCUGGUGGCAAGGAGGUUCGUGUCACCGAAUCUGGUUGGUCAUCAUGUGGCGGCAAUAUUGGUGCUGCUAUCGCCGAUCCCACGAACAAGGCUGCUGCCAUCGCAAGCAUUAAGGGCGCGUUUGCCCAGGACCAGAGCGACGUGUUCAUUUUCCAGGCAUUCGAUGCGACCUACAAGGCGGCUAUUUCCGGUGCAAGGGAGGCUUGUUUCGGUGUCAACGGGUCGUGA